AUGUUGGGUUGUAAACCCAUUGACACAUCGAUUGAGCAAAAUCAUCGUUUUGCACAUGCAUCAGGUGAGCCAUUCGCUCAUUCGGAACAGUAUAGUCGUUUGGUUGGUCGUUUUGUUUACUUGUCGGUCUCUCGACCAGAGUUGAGUUAUUCAGUACAUGUUUUGGCACAGUUUUUGAGUGUUCCACAGAUUUCACAUUGGGAUGCGACCAUUCGUGUCUUACGCUACCUUAAGGGUAGUCCGGGACAAGGUAUUUUGUUGCAACCUACGACGGAUUUACGCUUGACGGAAAUUUGUGAUAGUGAUUGGGCGGCGUGCCCGUUGUCUCGGCGUUCUUUGUCAGGUUAUUUUGUUUUCUUAGGUCGUUCCCCUGUUUCUUGGAGGACUAAGAAACAGCCUAAUGUCGCCAUAUCCUCCUCUAAAGCUGAAUACUAG